AUGACAAAACAACUAUUUCAUGUUUUAAAAGAUGGGGCAAUCUUUUCAUCGCGUGAUGCAUCAGCCUAUUCUGAUAAAACAGCACAAGAAAUCCUGGAAAACUUAAAAGAACCAAAUUCAGUUCUGGCGAUUCAAACACUCACAUCAAUUAUACCAAUCAAACCAACAGAUAAACCAUUAAAAAUGUAUCCUUCUAUCAUUGGUCAAUGCGCUUUAGAAAUUAAUGAAGUCGAAAACGCCUUAAUUAUCCAACCUGAAGAUUUCCUUGGUAAAAUUUCGUUUUUCUUUGAGUGCAAGACACAAGAGACUGAGCAUGUUCCGAAUUUCCCAGUUACAUUUGACCAGCAGGAACUUAAAACAAUUUCAUUUGACAAAUUUUUGACAACUGUUACGGAAAGUUUCGAUCUACCACACACCGAUGGAAAAAUAUACCACGACGACAAAUUACUCGAUGCCGAUACAAAAACAGCCGACAUUUUGAAGUGGAUUUACGAAAAACCUCUUACAUUCCAAUGCACAUUAGAAGAAAAAGGUUGUUACAGACUUAGAAUGCGUAGAAAUCUCAUUACGGAAAUUGCAAGUACAGAAAUUACAUACAUUAACGACUUAAAUACCUUAAUUAAUUAUUUCAAGCCACAACUUGAAAGAACGAAGCUUUUAAAGGAAGACCAAGUCGCCAUGAUCUUCAAAGAGAUCCCUACAAUCUUAAGUUGCCAUAUCCACUUCUUAUCUUCAAUCAAAGCCAGAGGAAGCGGCUUCGACGCCAUUGUUUCGGAUUGUUUCAUGGAGUUCUCCAGGUUCUUCAAGCUUUCGGCCAACUACGUCUCUCAUUACCACGAUAUCGCAAAAAUUGCCGGCCAAUUAAACGAAAAAGACAUGGAAGAGAUCAUCAAGAAGUGUCCACUUAACGAUCUAGGUAGAGAUUUCCAGUCCUAUUUGAUUACUCCCGUUCAAAGAUUACCAAGAUACAUUUUAUUCAUCCGUGAACUGAUCAAAUUCACUCCGAAAUGCCACCCAGACGCUGCCGGCCUCCAAAUUGCCCAAAUCAAGAUCGACGCCGUUACAAAAGAGAUCGAAGAGCAAAAAGACAAGAACGAGCACAUCUAUUCGAUCGCAAACCUCCAGAACAGACUUACACCUCCAAUUACAUUACUCGCUCCUGCGAGAGAUCUUCUUGAAAAAUUCAAGAUCCAAAUUCUUGAACCGCCGUUGAAAUCUCCCUGCAGAUUAUACCAUUUUACGGAUAUGUGCCUCAUUGUGACCAAGCUGAAAUCGAAAUCCCACCAAGUUAUGUACGAUUCUCUCAUAAUGCAGAUGAAUUACGAUCCGAACUUCGGCCAGGACACUGUUUUAUUCGUAAACCAGGGUAAACCGUUGAUUGUCAAGUUCAAUUCGCAGAACGAGAAGAACAAUUACCUCCAAAAAGUCACAAUUGAGCGAACAAGGCUUUACUCCAACAAUUUCAACAAGAGAAACUCAAUACUGUGGUCUGAUGUCCAUGUUUCCGCACUUCCACCACCUGUUACGAGUUUAGAUGCAGCGAAUUUGAACGAUGACAUUUAUUUCACCGGCGGUUUGGCCCAAACACGAGACACAAAGGAGAAAGUGAAGAUGCCAUUGAUUAUUUACAAUGUACAGACCAAUGUCUUAUCGCAUUCCGCGAUUCUUUCACUUCCUUUCGUCGGAUCAAGUGUUUGUUCGAACAACAACAAACUGUUCGUGUUCGGCGGCAUCAAGAAAGAAUCACAGAAGCCAACGAAGGCUGUUUUUGCCUUUGACAACAUCACUUCACAAUGGCAAGAAUUUUCUUCAUUAGAAACAGCUGAUUCUCGAAGUUUCCACUCAGCAGUUCUCUUCCAGAACAAAAUGUUCGUAUUCGGAGGAAAGAACGCUAAGGGAGAAUCUCUCGGAGACACUUUAGUUUUGGAUUUGAAUACAAAACAAUUCAAUAGUUUACAAACAAAAGGUGACAUAAAACCACCACCACGCAUGUCACAUUCAUGUGUUGUUGUUGGCAAUUACAUGAUAAUACACGGCGGCAGAGACCACAAGAAGUUUUAUUCAGAUAUCUGGUGUUUGGAUCUGAUAAAAUACGAGUGGACAAAAAUUGGUGUCAAAAAUGAUGUCAAAAUUCAUAAAAGAGCCGGACAUCGGUGUAUCAUUGUAGGUACAACUAUGUUUGUCAUUGGCGGAUGCAACAAGAACGAGGAAGGCCAGAAGAUGAAGUCAAUUGCAUUAGAUUUGGCAACAGGAAACUGCGAAAUCAUGAAUGACGAAGGAAAUGUCCCUUCAAUCACAAAUUUCGCUCUCGGAAUUGCUCACGACAAAUUCAUCAUUUACGGUGGACAGGAUUUGGAUACUGCGUCAAUAAGAUCUUCUCUGCUACAGUUGAGUAUCCCUGAAAGAUUCUUCACCAAACAGAAGACAUUUAACUUCAAUCCAAAGCUGUUAGAAAAGAAACCAAAAUCAAAUAAAAAAGAAAAAUCAGAAAAAAGUGACAAAUCUGAGAAAAGUGACAAAAAUAAACCAAAAGCACGAAAUCCAUCACCAGAAAUCAGGCGCGAGAACUCUUUGAAGCAGAAGAGCGGUGAACCAGAGAUAAAGAGAGAUAAUUCGUUCAACCAAAAGAGAGAAAGUUUGGAUCCGUCAUCUCUAAUCAAACAAAAGAGAGAAAGUUUGGAUCCGUCAUCUCUAAUCAAACAAAAGAGAGAAAGUUUGGAUCCGUCAUCUCUAAUCAAACAAAAGAGAGAAAGUUUGGAUCCGUCAUCUCUAAUCAACCAAAUUAAUCAGGUUCAUCUUCAUAAAGUGGAUUCGUCAAAACCGCUCAAACCGUCAUUUUCAUCCGACCACUUAAGAGCUAAAACACCAAACGCGGAAACGAAAUCUCCUUCUCAAACGGAAUUGUCAAAAUUGGCACCAGAAAAACAGCAGCCAAUAUCUGUAAAUCCAUUUGAAAACAGAAUGCCAAAAUUGAGACCAAUUGAGAAGAAAAGUGACGGUUUUGAAAAACCGAAAUUAAAACCGGUUGAAAAGAAAAGUGACACUCCAAAAGUACCACCACAGAACACUUUUGAAAAGCCGAAGCUUCGUCCUGUUGAGAAGAAAUCAGAUUCGUCUGCAUCUCAGAAAGAAGAAGGUGAAUUUGAUUUCGAUAAAUACGCAAAAGAAAAGAAAAUUGACAUCAGCAGUUUACAAUCGUUUAGACAAAAAAUGGUCAAAGCCAAGUUGCAAACAUUGUACAACCUAGAAAUGGAGAACAAGAAGCUGCAACAAGAAGGCUCUUCCAUAGGAAAUUCCCAGGUUUCAAUGCCAAACACAAAAGUUGGAAUUUUCGAUGGAAAAAGUUGCAAAACAAUUAUUCUCAAAAACAGAGUGAACUUCGAUGAGUUUUUGAAGCAGAUCUCGACUUAUACGAAGGGAAAGUCGAAUCUGAUGAUUAAACUUAGAAACUCUCCAACAGCUGUUAAAUUAACAAAGGAAUCAUUUAUUAGCGCUUCUGCUAAUACAAAUGUUUUGAAAAUUAUUGUUCAAUAA